GGCAUGAAGUUUUCGCGGGAGUACGAGGCCAGCAUCGUCCCGGAGUGGAAGGCGGCAUUCGUCGACUACAAGCGCCUCAAGAAGCUCGUCAAGAAGAUCAAGGUCGCGCGCCGCGACGAGGAUGGUACCUCCUCCGACGCCGACGCGCUCGUCGCUGGCUUCUCCGUCCGCGGCCUCGCCGCCCGGUUCGCGCCCAAAGUGCAAGCGUCUCCGGAGGACGACGAGGAGAGCUCGGAUUCCUCAGGCGAGCUCCUGCGGCUCGAUGAGAGGGAGUUUCUCGAGACGGCGGGCGAGGAGCUGGACAAGGUCAGCAGCUUCUACGCCACGAAGGAGGCGGAGCUGCUGGCCCGCGGCGACGCUCUCAUCCACCAGCUCCGCAUCCUCGCCGACGUCAAGCGCAUCCUCGCCGACCACGCCGCCUCCCGCCGGGGCCGCCCGAGCCGCACCCGCUUCAUGCCGGCGACGGCGCCACUCCCCCCGGCGAUAAGCGGCUCCGGCCGGUUCCUGCUCUCGGCAUCGGGCCUCGCCUCGCCGCAGUCCAUGUCAGACGGGAGCGUGGAGCUGCACCAGGCGCAGAUUAUAGAGGGUGCCACCAUGGCCGAUGAGGUGAUGGCGGCGCUCGAGGGCAACGGCGUCAGCUUCGUGGGCAAGAAGGGCGGUUCCUGGGGCAGAGGCGCCGGCCCGCUGCAGAUGCCGGCGUCGGUGCGGAUCGACAUCCCGGCGACCAACCCCGGCAGGACGGCGCUCAAGGUGUGGGAGGAGCUGGUGAACGUGCUGCGCAAGGACGUCGCCGACCCCUUCGUCCACCGCAAGAAGAUCCAGCACGCCGAGAAGAACAUCCGCGAUGCCUUCAUGGCGCUCCACCGCGGCCUCGAGCUCCUCAAGAAGUUCAGUUCUUUGAAUGUAAAGGCAUUCACCAAGAUUCUCAAGAAAUUUGUCAAGGUGUCAGAGCAACAACGAGCAACGGACUUGUUCUCAGAGAAGGUGAAGGGAUCAUCGUUCAGCACAUCUGACAAGGCUCUUCAGCUUGCGGACGAGGUGGAGUCCCUCUUCAUGAAGCACUUCGCGGGCAACGACAGGAUGGUGGCGAUGAAGUACCUCAAGCCACAGCAGCCCAGGAGCACACACAUGAUCACCUUCCUCGUAGGUUUGUUCACCGGCACAUUUGUGAGUCUGUUCAUCAUAUAUGCUAUUUCGGCCCAUCUUUCUGGCAUUUUUUCAUCUCCUGGAAAUACUGCCUACCUGGGAGUAGUUUACCAUAUUUUCAGCAUGUUUGCGCUCAUCAGCCUUCACUGCUUCUUGUACGGAUGCAACCUAUUCAUGUGGAAGAAUACCAGGAUAAAUCAGAAUUUCAUCUUCGAUUUCGCCCCAAACACUACUCUCACGCACCGGGAUGCCUUCCUCAUGUCUGCUUCAAUCAUGUGCACAGUAGUUGCCACGCUGGUCAUCAACCUGUUCCUCAGAAACGUCGGUGCGUCCUACGCCAAGGUUGUGCCUGGCACACUCAUAGUGGUGUCAAUGGGAGUUUUAGUUUGUCCGUUUAACGUGUUCUACCGCUCAACACGGUACUACUUUAUGCGCGUCAUGCGAAACAUCGUAUUCUCUCCAUUCUACAAGGUUCUGAUGGCCGAUUUCUUCAUGGCUGACCAGUUAACUAGCCAGAUUCCAUUAUUAAGGCAUAUGGAGUUUACAGCGUGCUACUUCAUGGCAGGAAGCUUUACGGCUAACCCAUAUGAGACAUGUACAAAUAGCCAGGAAUACAAGCACGUAGCCUAUGUGAUUUCCUUUCUCCCUUAUUACUGGAGAGCUAUGCAGUGUUUAAGAAGGUACCUGGAGGAACAUGACACAAAUCAGCUCGCCAAUGCUGCCAAGUACAUGUCGGCGAUGGUUGCAGCUGUUAUCAGGUUCAAGUAUAGUGCUACACCGACGUCAUUCUGGGCGUUGAUGGUCAUCAUUUCAUCCUCAGGUGCCACUCUUUACCAGCUCUACUGGGACUUUGUCAAGGAUUGGGGCUUCUUCACCCGAAAAUCCAAGAACCGAUGGCUUCGAGAUGAGCUAAUCCUCAAGAACAAGUCAGUCUACUACGUUUCAAUGGUAUUGCACUUUCCUCAACUAAUUUAUAGUACAAUAUCAAUACAAGAUAGGAGCACUUAUUCCUUCACGAUGCAGGUGCUAAAUCUGGUACUUCGCCUAGGGUGGACGGUGAGUGUAAUGGAGAUUAGUGUUAGUAUUAACCAGACUCGUCUGCUGUAUUUCUCCCUUGCUUCACUAGAAAUAAUUCGGCGAGGACACUGGAACUUCUACAGGCUGGAGAAUGAACACUUGAACAAUGUUGGCAAGUUCAGAGCGGUGAAGAGUGUCCCGUUACCAUUUCGGGAACUUGAAACCGACUAAGAAGGCAGAGAGAAUAGUGUGCCCAAUAUCAAGGGAAUUUACGAUCAGAGUUCCAGGAAUGGUACGCUGACCUUGGUAGAAUUGGUGUUAGAUUUGGUGUUGAGGCGGAAAUAAAAUCUUCGGAAUGGCCGCCGCUGGCCGUUCUUGAGCCACACAGCCAUCUUCCACCUUCCUUUCGUCUCAGCUUGUUUCACGCGGGGUGAAUCGAGGUGGCCGCUCAAUCGAGGUAGGAGGUGUCACCUUGGCUGAUUCGAGGCCGGCAUGCCCGAUUUGCCUACUGCUCGACGUUCCCCCGAUUCGGGGCGGCAAAGGACUCCCACGCCCGUCGGGUGUUCGUGAAAAUACCCGGAUACUAUAUAUUUUGUGUUCGAUUGGUUUAGUUUUUAGACAUAGAAAUUGUAAAUCAUAUUGUUUGCAACAUUGUAAAUGAGUUCGUCCAUGCUCAUGUGUUUGUCCGUGGAGCUCUUUUUUGAGUACUCAUCAAUGUCGGACGAUUUGAACAACGAUUUGUUUAACCACUAUAA